AUGAUCCCGCCGCCGGACUCGCUGCUGCGCUACGAGCCGCCGGUGCUGGUCAGCCGCCGCGGGGAGCGGCGCGGGCCCCGGCCGGGCGGCGGCGGCAGCGCCUCGGCCCCGCCGCCGCGUCCGCCCAAGGCGGGCCUGCCGCCGCCGCCGCCGCCGCGGCCCGGCACGGCCGCCGAGCCCGCGCAGCCGGCGCGGGAGGUGCUGAACGCCAUCCUGCCGCCGCGGGAGUGGUCGGAGGAGGGCCGGCUGUGGGUGCAGGAGGUGUCGGCCGCGCCCAGCACCCGCGCCGACGUGGUGCGCCUGCAGGAGCAGCUGGACCUGCGGCUGCAGCAGCGGCAGGCGCGGGAGACCGGCAUCUGCCCCGUGCGCCGCGAGCUCUACUCGCAGUGCUUCGAUGAAUUGAUCCGCGAAACGACGAUUAACUGUGCGGAGCGAGGGCUGUUGCUGCUUCGAGUCCGAGAUGAAAUCCAAAUGACGAUUGCUGCUUAUCAGACUCUGUACGAGAGCAGCGUUGCCUUUGGCAUGCGGAAGGCGCUACAAGCUGAGCAAGGCAAAUCUGACAUGGAAAAAAGAAUUGCAGAGCUAGAAGAAGAAAAGCGGGAGCUGGAAAAGCAAGUGAACGAACAGAAAGCUAAAUGUGAAGCUAUUGAAAAACGUGAAAAUGAAAGGCGACAGACAGAGGAAAAGAAGCACACUGAAGAGGUCCAGUUCCUGAAACGAACAAAUCAGCAGCUGAAGGCCCAACUUGAAGGCAUCAUUGCACCAAAUAAGUAGAUUUCUUCUUGUCCUGCCAGCAGUGCUCAAAAGAACUGUCAAAGCAAGAAGUUUGCAAUUAGUGAAACAGAUCUGUCUGCAUAAAACAACCCUGAAUUUUCACUUACCGGUAACUGAAGGAAGUGUAUUUUUAUUAAUUCUCCCUUUCAGUGCCAUCUCAGCAUUCAGCCUCUUAAAUGGUGAACCCGUCGGGGAGGUAUACCUGCUGAUAAUAUGCUACAUAUUAUCAAAGCAAUAUGCUAAUAAACCUUUUUUCUCAUGCAA